AAGUUUGGCUUGCCUGUUAAGACUUGUUUAAUAUAUCUUAUUUUAUUUGAGUACAUGAUGUUUUCGGGUAAGUAGAAGUGUUCUUGUAUUUGAUGGUUUUAAUCUGCUUCUCUAUCAUUGCCUUGAGACAAUCUUUGUAGAAUCUAGAUUAUGAAAUUGAUGGUUGUCGCAUCCUCAGCUUAGUUUGAAAAUCGUUACAGAUAAUGACUAUUAUUAGAAUGAUAAUUGAGACUAAUCUCAUGUGACUGCUAUUUGGUAUGUUGUUGGAAUAAUUUGCCGUUGUGUUGAGGUAAGAGGUACCUUAUAAGUUAUAAGUAUAGGUUUGGAGCCUAACUGUGCAUUGUUGAACCAAUUUUGUGUUUCUUUGUUACAAUGAAGCAUAAUUUGUUUUCAAAAUGAGUAGAAUAUAAUCAUUUUGGAGCUGACUUGAUUUAGUUUUAUAAACACCUAUCAAAUUCGAGAUUGGGGAAUUCUCAUCUUGCAUGAUUAAUAGUGUGCAGCAUCUGUUGUUUUGUAAUUUAGGUGGACUGAGUUCAAGUACUAAAACUUACAUAAGUGAGUUGAUCCUUCCCAUUUAUGUAAAUCGAGUCAAUAUUCUGGGUUGGGUCAGUCAGCAAAUAAGCGAUGGUGUAUAAAUUACUCCGUUCUUAUCCUUGGAUGCUUUUUCGUAAACUUGCUUGCAAGCAUUGAUUUUACGUUCAUGGAACUCGUCUUGCUUAUAUUCAUUCAAUACAUUUUGAUAUGUCUUAUAAUAUUCUUUUUAUAUACUUCGGAGACUGAUACUUGUUAUUCGAAAUCCACUAAUUCUAAAUCUUGCAGAAAUGGUUGUUUUCACAAAUUCGAUGUUCUGCUUAGUCUCGACACGGCCACUGGGCAACCAAUCAAAGGUUAAGCAACAUUCGGGUACACCCUUCGUCAGGAGACCGACUUUAAUAAGAUGUCAAGCGAAAAGAUGCUGUGAUUGUUAUGACAUGUACAAAGAGUUAGUCCCAUAUGCCAAAGCAUGGUCCUGGCAAAAGGUCAUUGUCGACGAGAGGAAGGCACGAAUUGAAAGGAAUGAGGAUCUCGCUGACACACUCAUUAUAUUGCAGCAUCAGCCGGUUUAUACAUUGGGUACUGGUAGCUCUGAAGAGAAUCUAAAUUUUGAUGUAAAGAAUGCUCCUUUUGAAUUGUACCGAACAGAACGUGGUGGUGAAGUAACUUACCAUGGCCCUGGCCAGCUUGUUAUGUACCCCAUCAUCAAUCUUCGAUAUCAUAAGAUGGACCUUCAUUGGUACCUCAGGAGCCUUGAGGAGGUGAUCAUUCGAGUUCUUUCUUCAUCAUUUUCUAUGGAGGCUUCAAGAAUUGAUGGCCUAACUGGUGUUUGGGUUGGGGGUCAAAAAUUAGCUGCAAUUGGCAUUCGAGUAUCUCAAUGGGUCACGUAUCAUGGUCUAGCGCUGAAUGUCACCACAGAUCUGUCACCCUUUCGACAUAUAGUUCCAUGUGGGAUCCGUGAUCGUCAAGUUGGACGCAUAAAAGGAUUGCUGAGAGAGCACUCGCACUCUAAUGGCCGUGUUACAGGAAACCAUCAGGACCUUGAUGAUGCCCAACUUAUCGAUAUUACUCAUAAAUCUUUGGUCAAAGAGUUCUGUGAGGUUUUUCAAGUUGAUCUCCGAUGUAAACCUACACCUCUUUUAAUUCCUUGAGAAGGCUUGUUUAGGGAAAAGACUUUAUUCUUGGAAAGUGAAUUAUAUUCAACAGAUUUGUAACAAUUUUAUUUUCAA